AGAGCUUAGAACAGGGAAGUUUUGCAGGGGGUUACAUUUGCAGUCAGCUCAGUGUUUGCAAAUAUUGUGCAGGCUCCUGAGCAAGUGUCCUCUGCGAGCCACAGGAGAGUAGAGCAGCGGCAGCAUUUGGAGACUUUGUUAAUUGCUGUGCAAUUACAUUUUGCAUGAAACUUUGCUUUUUUUCCCUUCCCAAUCUCCAAAAGGAAUUAAUAUUUUUUUUGUAUUUUUUUCUUCUCUGGAGUAAAGGGGGGUUUGGAAACAGACUAUAUAUUGAGACCCCCCCCCUCACAUACCUCCUCUGCCCAUAGAGGAGGCAUCUGUAUUUUUGUAACCAGAAUUGACUUUGUUGUUGCAAUUUAGACAUGGAUGUUCUCCCAAUGUGCAGCAUCUUCCAGGAACUCCAGAUUGUGCACGACACUGGUUACUUCUCAGCUUUACCAUCUCUGGAGGAAUAUUGGCAACAGACCUGUUUAGAGCUGGAACGAUAUCUUCAAAGUGAACCCUGUUAUGUAUCUGCAUCUGAAAUUAAAUUUGAUAGCCAAGAAGAUCUCUGGACCAAAAUUAUUCUGGCACGUGAGAAAAAGGAGGAAUCUGAACUGAAGAGUACAUGUAUUCCAAAAGAGGACAGUCCUAGUAGCCAGAACUUAGAGACCAACAGUUUGAAUUCUGAUGUAAGCAGUGAGUCUUCAGACAGCUCUGAGGAACUUUCACCUACUACUAAGUUUACCUCUGAUCCUAUAAGUGAUGUUUUAGCCAAUUCAGGAAACUUGAGUUCAUCUGUCACUUCUACUCCCCCUUCUUCUCCUGAAUUGAGCAAGGAAACUUCCUCUCAGCUAUGGAAUUGUAUGCCAGGUGAAUUGCAUUCACCAGGUAAAAUUCGUACCGGUACCAUUGGAAAGACUGCAGAAAAAGGUACCCCAGUCAAUGGCGACUCUUCACCGGAUGGCCGGAGACGUGUCCACAGGUGUCACUUCAAUGGUUGCAGGAAAGUUUACACCAAAAGUUCACAUCUGAAAGCACAUCAGCGCACUCAUACAGGAGAAAAGCCUUACAGAUGUUCAUGGGAAGGGUGUGAAUGGCGUUUUGCAAGAAGUGAUGAGUUAACCAGACACUUCAGAAAGCACACUGGUGCCAAGCCUUUUAAAUGUAGUCACUGUGACAGGUGUUUUUCCAGGUCUGACCACCUGGCCCUUCACAUGAAGCGACACCUCUGAAUGGGUCAAGAGGUGAAUCCUGUGGGCUAAGCGGCUUCAAGGUUGAACAGCCUUGAAAGGAGGGAUGCGUGUUCCAGCCAAAGCAUGCCAUUUUGCACCCUACCCAGUUGCCUCCAGGACCUCUUUCUUGAAGGUCUUUUGAGGGCUAAUAAGUCACGUAAGAAACGGCAUGGCAACCGUGGUGCGUGAUGUUUGGGGUUUCCUGGACUCAUACACUGGUACCUAACCUUCUGAGUGGCUCCUAAGCCUUUGCCGUGAGCAUGUGCACUGAGAAUGUUAAUGAUUGGGUGACUGUUUGUUACUGAGGAUCUAUUGAUGACUGUAUGCUGAGGCACAUUUUUUUUCUUCUGGUUGUUUUAUAACUGUAAGAGAAAAAAGUAGUCUGAAUGUUUUGUAUGUGAGGAAUAUACUGCAAGAUGGGACGACCACCAAUCAUUUCCAAGGGGUGGGGGGAGGGGUGUCUGCACCUUCUAGAGGGAAAAAAUGGAGAGAAGGAAAAGACAAAAAAAAGUCAGGACGCCAGAGUGGAAAUGGGGGAGCCCCCCUUUCCUGUGUGAGAGGAGCUUUAGGUGUCUGAUGCAGCUAUUAAACGUGCAAUGUGUCAAGUAGCUUGUUUUACUUGCUACAGAGCUCAUUUGUAAUCCAUUGUAUAAGCUGUGUAUUUACAAAUAUAACACAACUAUAACUUUUCAUUAUAAUACAAAGGUUAUUGCAUGGUUCUGGGGAACUAUAUGCUUUUCCAUUCUUUAAUCAGGACUGCAGUUUUGAUUCCAGUUAAGAGCAGCUAAAAUACAAUUGGUCUAAUGUUACAUAAUGUAUGGAACCUGAAUAAUUUUUUCGGUUGGGUGGAUAAAACCACUAUAGGUUAGAAACUGAUUUUUCUCAUGCAGCUAAUUUUUCUCUUAUUUAUGCCUUGAGGACUAAUUUCUGGUUUUCUAGCUGUUUAAUGCACUGUUGACCUUAAUAAUGGUGCCUUAUGCAAGUGACCUUCUCUUGCAGGGGGUCUUAUACAGGGGUAUGGGUGAUGCAUGCUUUAUUAAGGCUCCUUUUUCACCUGGCAUUGUACUGUAUCAAAUGUAUGAUGGGGGGUGGUGGUGGGAAAAAGGCUACUUCCAGGGUCCUCCUUCACAAAGACAAAUAUAGAUAAAAGUCCUUCAUGUCAGUACAGUAUUUGUUUAACUUAGACAAUUUGACCGUGUUACAGUAUAAUGCAUACAGCAAUUGAAUACCUGACCAGUUCUGCCACCUUGAGACUUUUUUUAUAUAUUGACCUUGCACAACAAUUGUGUAUAUACACACCCCAGCUGUACUUAAUAUGUAACGUUUCAUGCAUAUUAAAGAUACAGAAGUAUUAAAAGAUGUAUUUGCUUAAAUGGCACAAGUUUCACAUCUAUAUAUCUAGCUAUCUGUUGGUAAUACAGAAAGAAACUAAUACUUUUUUAAAGUGGGCAGAAAAAUUCUUGUGUAUGUAUAUUUGUGUGUACAGUCUGUGUAUGUGUGUAUAUAUAGAUAAUAUAUAAAUAUUUUUAAAGGAAAAAAUUGGAACGUGUAGCUAGAAAAUACAACAGCCUGUGAAGAUUUCCCCUUCCUCCCCACCCCAAUAUGGCCAUAAAGGAGGCAAAGAAA